AAAGCUUCCAACGCGCAGACCCAGAGCCUUCCACCUUUCCCACAAACAAACCACAAAUGACGACCUCCAACGGUGACAGCACCCCCGCACCUGCCCCGAGUGGGGGCGAGUUAGCCCAACAAAUGAACGAAGAGACGAAGAAGAAGUAUACGAAAGGUACCCCUUUCACUCCUUCCUCCUACCCACAAACCGACUCUAACAUGCCCUCCCCCACAGAUCGCAAGGUCGGGGAAGGGACCUACGCCGUGGUCUACCUCGGCCACGUUAAAUCCACCGCCCUCCCCGUAGCCAUCAAGAAGAUCAAACUCUCCGCAAUGGUGGACGGGAUCUCGAUGGAUGCGAUCCGUGAGGUCAAGUUCCUGCAGGAGCUGCGGCACGAGAACGUCAUCCGGCUGAUCGACGUCUUCUCCAGCAAGAACCAGAACUUGAAUCUCGUGCUCGAGUUCCUGGACUCUGACCUCGAGAUGAUUAUUAAGGAUACUAAGAUUGGGUUUGGGGGCGCGGAUAUUAAGAGUUGGCUUGCUAUGAGUUUGAGGGGGCUUUGGUGGUGUCACAAGAAUUUUGUUUUGCAUAGGGUUGCUUUAUUCCAUGUUUCUCCCUAAGGGGAGGGACGCAGGGGCUAACGGAUGGUGAUGGUGGUGCAUAGGAUAUCAAACCAAACAAUCUCCUCCUAUCGACAAACGGUCAGCUAAAACUCGCGGAUUUCGGCCUCGCCCGCAGCUUCUCCGACCCAUACCGCGCCAUGACCAGCACGGUGAUAACCCGCUGGUACCGUCCUCCAGAGCUCCUCUUUGGCGCGAAGUCCUAUUCAUCGUCCGUGGACAUAUUCUCCCUCGGCCUCGUCUUCGCGGAGCUCCUCCUCCGCGUGCCCUUCCUCCCCGGCGACUCGGAUGUGCACCAAUUGAAACUGAUCGCCACAGCGCUCGGGACGCCGACGGAGCAGAACUGGCCAGGCGUGACGAAGCUGCCGGAAUACGUCAUCCCGAACACCGGCGAUAUCAGGCCCGAGCAAGGGAGACUCUUCUACGGUGAAACUUUUAGGGCGCUGACGCCAGAGGGCCUGACACUACUCAUGUCCAUGCUUAGAUUGGAUCCCCGAAAGCGCUGGUCUGCAAAGCAAUGCUUGCAGAGCGAGUGGUUCAAGGAAGAGCCCAUGCCCACGAAGCCGGAAUUGCUACCUAGGAAGGGUGGCGGGAAGGGGAUUGAAAAGGUCGGUGGCGAUCUCAAGAGAAGGGCGGGUUGGGAUGAAGGUACCGAGGCUACGGAGCUGGAGGGGCAUAGAGGUAGGAAAGUUGCUAGGAAAUUGGACUUUGGCGGGAAAUAAGGUCAAGAUUUCCUUUUUAUGAUAUAGAAGGGGACCUUACUGUAUACUUAAUUUGCGGCGUUAGAAAACGGGGGCGUUCUGUUUUUGCUUUCUUGUUGUAUCUCUCAUGGAGGGGGUUCUCUACAUUGGGUGAUUGUUUGUGGGUGCCAUGAGAUAGUGGUGAUUUGAGAUGGUGCUUUGACACCAGAGAUACUGGCUGCUGGGCUUCAAUUGGGUAUGAAUUCUCCAGCUCUCUUUGCCGCUGGGAAUGGCCUUUGCUGCGGUGUGUACAUGGGAUGAAUAAUCGCUUGUAGGUCCAUACCAUAUCACUUUGAGGGGGGGGGAGGGUACUGGUAAGUUAAUACGAGUACAUGCUUGAUCCCUAAGGGUUUAAAUAUUAGGCCAAUGAUCAGAUUUCUUGCGGGU